GCAUGGAUGCGUGAAUCGUUGGAUGGUGUUAAUAUCGAAGCCGACGACGAAUGGACUCCGCCCGUCGCCGAGCCACCUAUUUGUGCUAGAUCACCGAGAGCUGAAGGCGACACCACCGUAAUGCAGAGAGCUAUGUGUCCGUGGGAAUGGCGGUUCAAUUUUGAUGAAACGCGUGAGCCAAAAAUGAUCUCAGAAGCGGUUUGCCUGUGCCGAAGAAGUCGAGGAAUUACUAGCGCGUUCUGCUUCCCAAUCAAAAGAGAGGCUCCAGUCCUCAGAAGAGUGUCCUGUGAUAGAGACACCAACUACUGGCAAUACAAACGUGGGUUUCAGUCUAUUAUAGUAGGUUGCCAUUCUGUUCUACCGCGAACGCAGCGUGCUACUUCGUUGACUAACCACUACAGGAGAUCGGGUGACGAGGCAGUCUAG